AUGAGUUUCAAGGCCAAAGACCUUCACUACGAUGACACUCAGCCAGCUUUCCUGCGGCGGAUGCGAGGCGAACUAGCUGGUGACGGCUCUGGACGACAUGAACAACCAAUUCCGAGGAACAAGCGAUUGAAGAAGGACGAUGAUGAAGACGAUGCACCUACCUAUGUCCUGGAGGAUACGAAUCAGUCGAUGACGAAGGCUGAGUAUGAGGCGAUGGUAGCGGGCAAGGACGCGACCAAAGCCGAUGACGAUGCGACGCAGGAUGAAGCGACGACACAGUCUAAAGACAAUAUUGCUGAAGUUGGCAAGGUGACCAAGAAGCGGAAGGUUGCGAAGGUCAUCGCCGAAGAGGAAGAGGGGGAUGGCAAGGAGACGCAAGUACCCGAGAAGAAGCCUGUGAAGAAGGCUAAGAAGAAAGGAAAACCUGUUAAGCUGUCCUUUGGAGAUGAGGAAGCUGGGUAA